AUGACAACAGUUGUCUUGAAUAUAACUCAUAAAGCUGGUUUUAACAUCUUGCCGAAGUCUGUAGAUCUCAACUGUCAGCGUUUUUUUUCAGAGUUAAUUAUAUCGGAUAAGGUUACUAAAAGCAAUGACAAGCAUUCGUUAUGUGACUUAGACUCCUCUAAUAGUUCGAGCAUUGGUGCAAAUGAGCAUAUAAGUUCGCAUUUACCUGAAAAAGUUGGUCACACUAUUUUUUCCGAUGAUUAUCAAUCAGCAACUCCUAAAUCUACAAUUAUUCCAAGCGUUUGUAAAUCUUCGGACCUGGGGGAAAUAUCACCGAACGUCACUAACCUUUUAAAACCCACUAAGACACGAGAAUCCGAAGAGGUCAGAGUGAUCAAACUGUAUCAUAUUGCUUUACGCCUUUGCUCAUCUGAUUGUCCUGAUGAUGAAUGCAAGGCCAGACCUGUCCUGGAAAGCAUUCUAAACAGUUUUGUCAUUGAAAACAAUAAAUUAACUCCACAAUUAGCAUCGGUAAAAUUUGCUAGUUGUAAAUUACUUGGAAACAUUUACUUCAAAUUGAACAAAGAUGCUGAAGGUAUUGAUCUGCUUAGUAAGGCUUUACAAAUCGAUUCAAAUGAUUUAAGUCUUUGGAUACGUCUAGCUCGUGCUGCUAUUCGUUCAGGUUUCUUUGAAGUUGCUAUCAAUUCAAUAGAUCAUAUAUUAACAAAAAGGCCAUCUCAUCCACUUGCAUUGCAAUUAGCUCUGCCGCUGUAUUUUGCAGUCUCUGAACUAGAGAUUUGCUUAGAAUUAUCAGUUCGUAUGUUACAACUAGAUCCUUUUAGUGAAUAUGCAGUUUAUUUCAUUAAUCGAAUACUUACAAUUCAACCAAGUUUACAUGAAAUGAUUCAUGAUCUAUUCCUGCAAAGGCCAGAUAUUUUGAGUCAAUUACCGUCAUGUGACGAAGCUGAACGGAUUGACCAAGAAAUACAGAAUAUUCGAAUAGUAUAUCGUAGACAAAAAGACGCCGAAACAGAACUACGAACAAUUCCAUUGGUUAAAUUCCCAUCUCCAUUGAAACAUUUAAGCUGGCUACAUUUAAUUCAAGAAACAAUAGCAAUGUACGAUCGUUUAAACUUAGAAUCAGCAAUUCAUUCAGUUCUUGAUUUAUCAUCAUUGUUGUGCAAAAAUGUACUUAAUUUUGAAUCAAUUCCUAAUGAGAUAAAUGAAGUUCCAAAUAAUACUGUUACAACAUCAUCAUCAGCUUCUCUUAAUUUAAAGUAUGGUGAACAAUUGAAUGAUAAUAUUGAACAUGCUGUAACUUUGAAUAUUGAGAAAGUACCAAAUGUUGAUGCUGCAUAUGAUACAAUGAAAGAUGAUGUAAGUGAUUUCAAUAUUGAGGCAUCAAAUGAUGAUUUAACUACUACUGCUGGACUUGAAAAACGUCGAUCUUCUAGGGUUAGAACAUGCUUUGAUUUAACGGAUGGUUUAAAUCGUUAUUGUUCCAGACGAUCUGUGGUAGCAGAAUUGGAAAAGGCUUCGGACAAAUUUCAAACACUUUUACCUCAAGUAUUUAGAGAUCUUAGUGUUUUCGAUCAAAACCGAAAAUCUCGAAAGAACUACAGGCAACCACAGAAACACUUAUUCCGUGCACUGAAUCAUUCACUGAAAUGUCAUCAAAUUAUUCAGAAUGUGUGA